CGCGAACGGGAGUGCACUUUGUUGGUUAUGUGAGCAUCGAAACGCGUCGUUGUUCAUCGUUUUUCACGAUAACCGGCCAGGAUGGGCCAGGGCACGGAUACCUGCACAGACAGGCCUACUGAAGUUAGCGUGAUCAGAUUUGUAUCAAGGAAUCGUACCAUUGAAGAAAUUGCCCCAAAAAAGGAAGUAUAUACUUGUAAGCAACGAGGUUGUGGCAAAACAUUCACUAAUCAAGAUGAAUACAAAACACAUGAAGCCCUUGAGGCUUACAAUAUAAUUAUAAUAAUAACAAAAGUUUGACUACCCUUCAUAUGUCGAGAACCAGGAUGUGGAGAAGAACUAUCUGACCCUGGAAGUAUGUGGCGCCAUUAUCAGGAAUGGCAUAAUAAUGAAACAAAUGUAUUUAUAUGUCCAUACACAAAUUGUGGGUCUUUACACACAACUAGUAGCAAUCUAGAAGAACAUAUCGAAAACUGCCAUAGACAACCACCAACACUGCCAACUGAACCAGAAGUAAUAUGUUUUGAAGAUACUGAGAAUGCAAUGGAUGAGGAAAUUGUCCAAAGUACAGAGGAAUGUUAUGAGAAGAGAACAAAUGAAACUUUUUCAAUAAAAGUGCAUCAAUAUGAUGAUAAUAAUGAACAAAAUAUUCUCAGAAGUGAUAAUGUACAGCAACAAAAAAAAGAAGUCCCUCAUGAUCAGAAUACUGCAAAUGACAGUUCAAAGGAAGAAUAUUCUUCCACUAGUGAAUCUUUAAAUGAAGCUGGUACAUUUUCUAUCAAUGAAAACUUAAUUCUAAAUACAGAGAAUUUCAUAUCCAAAUAUGAAGGUAAUACAAAUAAAUGUUCAGAAUUGCAGACAGAACAUUCCCAAGAGAAAACUAACAUAGUUUAUGUAAAUGGUGACAUUACUAUUACAAAGAAUGCAAAAAAUGAGGUGUGCAAUAUGAAUUCAAGAAAUCAAGAGCACAGAAUUGAGUUAGAUAAUCUUGAAAGGAUCUUCAGAAAUGAUCUCGAUCGUGAUAUUCCAAAAACUGAGGAGAAUACUAUUGAAACGAACAGCAAUUGUUCAGAUAAUGAAGAGUAUACUCCAAAGAAGCAGCGCAUGUCUAGGUACAAGCAAGAAAUUUACAAGUGUGCAGUUAAUGGUUGUGGGAGAAAAUACAAAUACAUAUCCCAUUAUCGUCACCAUCAAGACAGUCAUAAAUUAGCAGCCAAUACAAUUAGUUCAAAUUCUAACAAAUCAAUAGUAAAAAUAAAGCAAGGGAAAGCAUCAACGGUCAGUUUUUUCCUAUGUAAGAUUCCUGGCUGUGGGGCACAAGUGAGCAAUGUAACUGGUUUAUGGAAACAUUACCAGGACAAUCAUGCUAAUUCAAAACUACCAAUAGUACAAGGAACUAAGAAUAAUGAAGUAUUUCGUUGCAAAAUUCCUGGAUGUGAAACAGAGUUCAGUACAACAGUAAUGUUGUAUAAACACUUCAAUGAAGUACACUCAAAUAACACUGGCAAUAAUGCUAGCACAAAUACGAAGACUGGGAAUGGGAGUAGUUUUCAUUAUAAUGAAAUGUUCAAAGAUGAUACUACCAACCCGCAAGCAAACUUUAAGACUGACUUUAAAGCAAAGAGUAAUAUUAAUGUAAAUGACUGUACGAUAAGUACUGAUGAACAAAGAUUGUCAUCAAUUGUUAAGAAGGAAGCUCGGGAUUGACUUGAAAUAAAUUAGCAUCUUAAACAUGACGAUAAAUAAUUAUAGCAAUGAAAUGGAGUACUAUACCAGGGCC